CCAGUGAUUCGCCGCUGCCGGACUCGGUUCGGCUCCGCGGGCCCCGCAGCCGCCGGGCGGGAUCGGGCAGGGCCCGGCGGGUUCCCCCGGCGAGCCCCCUGCAGAGCCAAUGUCCGCCACGCCCGUCAGGUCCCCGACGCUGCGGCCGCACAGGAUGAAGAAAGAGGAGUCGUUCCUGGGCAAGCUCGGCGGGACCCUGGCCAGGAAGAAGAAAGCCAAGGAGGUGAGUGACCUCCAAGAAGAAGGUAAAAAUGCCAUCAAUGCACCAAUGAACCCAAACACUGUGGACAUCCAUCCAGAAGACACACUAUUAGAGGAGAAUGAGGAACGCACUAUGAUCGAUCCUAACUCAAAGGAAGACCCCAGGUUCAAGGAGCUGAUCAAGGUUCUACUUGACUGGAUUAAUGAUGUACUGGUGGAGGAGAGAAUCAUUGUCAAACAGCUUGAAGAGGACCUUUAUGAUGGGCAGGUGCUGCAAAAGCUGCUGGAAAAAUUGGCUGACCGUAAACUGAAUGUGGCAGAGGUGACACAAUCUGAAAUUGGCCAGAAGCAGAAGUUGCAGACUGUCUUGGAAGCUGUCCAUGAUUUACUCCGACCCCAUGGCUGGACAAUCAAGUGGAAUGUUGACUCCAUCCAUGGCAAGAAUUUGAUUUCCAUCCUGCACCUUCUGGUGGCUUUGGCCAUGCAUUUCCGAGCUCCCAUCCGGCUGCCUGAGCAUGUAUCUGUGCAGGUGGUGGUUGUGCGGAAACGUGAAGGCCUCCUUCAGACCACUCAUGUUUCAGAGGAGCUGACGACCACAACAGAGGUGAUGAUGGGAAGAUUUGAGCGUGAUGCCUUUGACACGCUUUUUGAUCACGCACCAGACAAGCUCAGCGUAGUCAAAAAGUCUCUGAUCACCUUUGUGAACAAACACUUGAAUAAACUGAAUUUGGAAGUAACAGAGUUGGAAACCCAGUUUGCAGAUGGUGUUUACUUGGUUUUGCUCAUGGGUCUCCUUGAGGACUAUUUUGUUCCACUUCACAACUUCUACUUAACACCUGAAAGUUUUGAUCAAAAGGUGCACAAUGUUUCUUUUGCUUUUGAGCUGAUGCAAGAUGGAAGCCUGAAGAAGCCAAAAGCUCGCCCUGAAGAUGUUGUCAACUUGGACCUGAAGUCUACGCUCAGGGUUCUGUACAACCUUUUCACAAAGUACAAGAACAUUGAGUGAUCCUGGAAGCUGCUGAGGUCUCUUCAUCCUUCAACCUCCCCAGUCAGAAGUUACAAUAAACAUGCCCUUUGCAUGCUCCCAUUGUGCCUUAUGCUAUGUACUUCAUGCAUUCUUCCUACAGCUGAUGUGUUCUCUCUGUAGCUGUUUGUAUGACAAUCCCACUAAAAAUGAUGCGUGUGUAUUUUAGGUCACUUGAAAAUAUGUAGGUAUUUCACACUUUUGCCAAAAGGAUCUGUUGUUUGCUAUAAUCCACAAAUGUUCUUUUGAGAAAGGAAAUAUACCACUAACUACUUUAAAAAGCAGGGAAAACAUGAGACUUUCCUCAUGGCUCGAGAUUAUUUGCUUCUGCAGGAGACUUUCUUUUGCAUACUCCUUGGUUGCAACUGGCAUUUGAUGAUUUUCCAGGCUUAGAGUGUUAACAAUAGAAAAUCACCACUGGAAUUUAUUUAGAAGCUGAGCCUUUUCUAUUAAAUAAGGGUUUGUGUAUUCUGUUGGGUGGGUUGGGCUGAGGAGAAUUACAGGCACUGUCUGAAGCUAAUGGCAAAAGCUUCAUUUUUUGUGUUCACCUCUUUCUACUCAAUGUUACUUCCAUUCAGUGUUUACACAGAAUAAGUCUUGCAAUGGGAUGACCAGCUAAUCUUUUGAUGUCUAGUUUUUAUUUAAUCUCUUUUCUAGGAGAAAUUUGGUUGCUAGGGCCACUGUCACUCAUUAGGCAGCUUCAGUCAGGUUGGUCCAGAGCUGGUCACACAGGCACAGGCUGGAUUUUCCCAGUGCAUUUUCCCCUGUCCUUCCUGAAACUAACAGAGGGAAUGUGCUGGAACAGGAGCCAUCUGAGUGGAUUUUUGAGGAGAGCUUUGUGGAGGAAAUGGGAUUGGCAUUUCCAGAGUAAAUGAUAUGUGGAAUAUGUGUUCAAUAUCACCCUUUGAGCACAUAGAGGAGAGAUUUGAUUGCUGCUUUUAUGUAUCACAGGAGCAACUUUUGUUUUAUGGGCAGCCAUUCUUUUGGCUGAAACACUAGGCAGUGUGCCCUGAAGGAGAGCAGGUAGAAUUGCUCUGCUCCAUGGGCUUACUUGAGUCCUGUUGGAAGUCAGCAUCUUCUUUCCCUAAAAAUCAAUUUUUUUACACCAAACAUUAUUUGCCUUUGAGCUCAGAUUCAAGAGGAAACAUGCUAUUUGAAUGGUAUAAUUUUACAAUUGGGAUUUUCUCCUUCCUUUCGCAAACAGUUUUUCAUCUCAGAGGGAAAGAAAUUAGCUUCUGCUUCUUUGCUUUGUAUUUUUGGGUUCUGAGUUCUAGUAUUUGGAUUACUUGGAUUACCUCCCCUCACACUGAAAUGAACAGGGCUAAUGCCUUUAUUAAUGUUCAGCUCUUUAUUCAAAAGAUCAGCUGGGCAGGGGGCUCGACGCAGAGCUCGCCCCGCGGUCGUAGCUUUCCCAGGCAGCCAAAAGGAAGGAGGUGUGCAGAGUCGGUCACUGGAGUCCCGAGCAGCAGCUGUCCUUUCUCCUUUCCUUGUGGCACAUCGGUGGCCCGAGGAUGAGGAGGCGUGGUGUGCAGAGUCUGUUGCUGAAGUCCAGAACAACAGCUGUCCCUGCUCCUUCCGUGGUGGCAGCACCAGGGCUCCCUGUCUCUAUCUCCCUGCUUCUCAGAGCCUAAUAUAGUCUGUUCUUUCUUAGGUGAUGGCGACGGUAAAAAGCCAGUCAGGGGAUGUGUUUCCCUCUUCCUCAGCUAGGGCAUUUGUCUAGACUCCUCUAUUGUGUUCAGUUUUUGAUUUAUAUUCAUUUUUAUCUCCUAAAAAUACUCCCAUGAUCCUAAGGGGUUUUUAUUUGCAUGUUAGUCCCAGAAUGGCAGCG